GAAUGAGAUGACAUAAGUACACUUCUCAUCAAAAUAUACUUAUUCAUAAACCACAAAAUUCGACAUUUGACCUAUUCGUGUUAAACAUCUUCAUUAAUAAUGCAAUUACCUGUAGGUUUUUACGGUAGUCCUUACUUUUCUGCUUCUUCAUUUGCCAGACGACGUUGAAUACAGAUAUAAAAGGACAGAACGUUUUCUUGUCACAAACAUAUCUACUUUAUGUUGUGGUGUGCUUUGAUAGUUGCCAAGAUGUCAGCAGUGAACUUCAGGUUGAUCUUAGCGAUAUUUCUGUCAACAUCUUACAGUUUAUCACAAGUUAUUGAUGAAACGAAAAUAGAACGGUUAUGUCCUAGACCAGUUGGAGGAUGGUCUAUGCCAUGUGACACACCAUGUAACACCGACAAUGAUUGUCCUGCUGACAGGAUGUGUUGCAGACUUAGCACAUGCGCAACAUAUUGUGCUGAACCGCUCUACGUCGAUCAGAAUGGAGUCAUACCGAAAGAAAAACUUUUCAGAAGCAGAGAAAAUAAUUUUCAGAAUUCUGUUGAUUCAAAAGUAAAUCAGGCACAAAUUAUUAAAACUGCUAUCGAUGAAAAACAAGAGACUGAUAUGAAAAAUUUAUCUCCACCAUCAAAUCUAAUUGAAACUCCCCGUUUAAGUGAAACCAGAAACGAAAUACCUAAUAUAGGAUGCUUUGAUGAAUGUGCCUUAAACGUUGAUUGUGAAUCAGGAUAUUCUUGUGUUAAGGUGGGAUGUCGGAAAGUCUGUAAACUUGAUAGUUUAGACAUAACAACACCAAGUGUUAAUUUGGAGUUGACACAAACAAGUGCUGAUUUAGACCUAACAACACCAAGUGCUAGUGUAAACUUAAAUUCACCAAGUUCUAGUUCAGACUUGGUACCAACAAGUGUUGGUUUAGACUCAACAUCAUCAAGUGUUGGAUUAGACUUAACAUCACCAAGUGUUGCUUUAGACUUAACAUCACGAAGUUUUAAUUUGGAUUUGACACCACCAAGUAGUGGGUUAGAAUUAACAUCACCAAGUGUUAAUUUGGACUUAAAUUCGCCAAGUUCUAAUUCAGACUUAACAUCACGAAGUUUUAGUUUGGAUUUAACACCACCAAUUUUUACAGCCCAAGUUUUCCAAACGCAAAAUACGAAUUUUAGAAUGAAUCGUCAAGAUUUAGAUACACCCGAAUUUAUGUUUCCUAGGAAUGAAGGUUUUGAAACACAGCGAUUUUCAGAUAUUCCUAUAACUCAAGCAAAUCCGGUAGUAGACAGUCUUCGGAUGACUGAUCUGACAAAGGAUGUGUGUAUAAAUGAAUGCUUUAACCAUUUUGACUGCAGAAAUGGGUUCUGUAUCAAUAUCGGUUGUCAUACGUUCUGCAAAGCCUCAAUUUAGAAAUAUACUUAAAUGUGAUCAUGUGAUCAUGAAAUCCUAUAAGUCUUGUACCGUUUUCUUAUACUUCAUGCUCAGAUUUUUGUGUAUUCUACCAAAGAAUUCUGGAAA